ACUUUCGUUCGUUUUCAGAAAAUGCGGAGAGUUCGCUGGCGCAUGCGCAGUUGCGUCGAACCCAUUUGAAAACCAAACGUGUGCAACAAUGUCCAGGCGAAGACGUGGUUCCUUCAGCGACGACGAAGACACUCGUUCGAGGAAGCGGAGGAGGACAAAUGACUUUCUGGAUAUUGAAGAACGGUUAGAAUCUUUGAUUACCAGAGUUGGAGAAAAGAGCACCUCAUCAUUGGAGAGUAACCUUGAAGGACUUGCCAAUGUACUUGAAACUGAUCUACCAAAUUACAAGCAUAAAAUUCUGAAAAUAUUAUGUGAAUGUGUUGUUCGAUUACCUGAGAAGUUAACUGUUUAUACAACUUUGGUGGGAUUGCUGAAUGCCAAGAACUAUAACUGCGGGGGCGAGUUUGUAGAAAUGCUGGUCCGAAAUUUAAAAGAAUGCCUGAAAGCAGGAUAUUUUGAAGGUGCCAGGAUUAUGGUUCGUUUUCUGUGUGACCUGGUCAACUGCCAUGUAAUUGUGGCUGGAUCAUUGUUGUCUAUGUUUGACAAUUUUGUCGAAGUGACUCUUGAAGAUAACAUUCCUCAGGUGCGAUCCGACUUUUAUGUUUAUGCAGUUUUAUCAUCUCUACCAUGGGUUGGAAGAGAAUUGUAUGAGAAAAAAGAAACUGAAUUAGAUAAGCUAUUGUUAGUGAUUGAGAACUAUAUCAGUAAAAGAUCAAAAUCUCAUGUUGCUGCUCUGAAAGUUUGGUCCAAAGAUACUCCUCACCCACAAGAAGAGUAUUUGGACUGCUUGUGGGCUCAGAUCAAAAAUCUGAAGAAUAACAAAUGGAUUGAAAGGCAGAUUCUUCGCCCCUAUUUGGCAUUUGAUAAUGUUCUUUGUGAAGCCUUACAGCAUACUUUGCCCCAAGUUACUCCUCCAUCACAUCACGAAGACACAAUUUAUCCACUGCCUAGUGUAGUUUUCAGGAUGUUUGAUUAUACAGAUGUGCCUGAGGGCCCUGUCCUACCUGGGAGCCACUCAAUUGAACGAUAUUUAAUUGAAGACCAGUUGCACAGUAUUAUUUCUACCAACCAUAACGAAAGAAAAGAUUGUGCCACAUUGCUUCUUGGUCUUCAUAAUAAGAAUAAAAUACCUCUGAAUUAUAUGAUAGUUGAGGUUAUGUUUGCUCAACUCAUGAAUCUACCACGGGCACCAUUUUUGGAAUUGUUCUAUGGCUCAACUUUGAUUGAGCUCUGUAAGCUGCAACCUAGCUCCAUGCCACAAGUCUUGGCUCAAGCAACAGAGAUGGUUUUUGACAGAAUAGAGUCUAUGAAAACCUCCUCUAUUGUAAGGGUUUCAAAAUGGUUUGCCUAUCAUUUGAGUAAUUUCCAGUUCUGUUGGAGCUGGGAUGACUGGGUCUCCUGUGCAUCACAAGAUAUUGAUAUGCCCAAACCUAAAUUCAUCCAAGAGACUUUAUUGAGAUGUCUUCGUUUGUCUUAUCAUCAGAGGAUCCAGGAUUUUAUGCCCAGCGAAUUUACAGCACUAAUUCCAAUGAAGCCUUCUGUUAAUUAUAAAUAUGAACGAGAAGGGUCUGGAUCUUUACCUGGUACAGUUGUUGCUCAUCAACUAAAAGAGGCCCUUAAGAACAAGUGCACAACAGACGAAGCUCUUGAAAUUCUCAAAGAUCUUCCCAAUCCAUUACAGGAUGAAGAAAAUGAACCUACACACAACCCCUUAAAAAUUGAUGUUUUUGUGUCUACAAUUUUAUAUUUGGGCUCCAAGUCUUUUAGUCAUUCCUUCUCUGCAAUUGCAAAAUUUCAUUAUAUAUUUAAAACACUGGUUGAAAAUGAGGAGGGUCAGAUAUGUCUCCUAAAAACUGUGUAUGAUUUAUGGAGGACACAUCAACAGAUGCUGGUAGUCUUGAUAGAUAAACUACUGAAGACUCAGAUAAUCGAAUGCUCAGCUGUUGCUAAUUGGUUGUUUUCUGAUGAAAUGAGCCAUGCAUUUACAAGUUUCUUUGUAUGGGAAAUAAUGCACAGCACCAUCAAAAAGAUGAUGAAACAUGUCACGAAACUUCAGAAAGAAGUAGAAGAUGCAAGAGACAAACAUGAAUCAGCUCAGCAAAAGGCUGAUGAUCUGGAUCCUGACAAAGAUGAUGAAACCCCAAAUGCAGAAAUGAUUGAACGCAUGGUAGAGAAAUUGGAAGCUGCUCAGAGUCAACAGAAAAAUUUAUUUCUUAUUCUAUUUCAGCGUUUUAUUAUUUUAUUAACUGAACAUUUUGCCCGUUGUGAAGCUGAAGGUAUUGACUGGAACACCUCCAGAUAUAAAUGGGUUAUUGAACGACUUCAUGAAGUAUUUUUAACUCAUCAUGAAUUGGUGUUCACCUAUAUUAGUACGCUUGAGAAUCUGCUGUUCACCAGUGACAUUGACGUACACAUUCUGGAAAUAUUCCAACAGUUCUGUGCACUUCGUUCUUAGGACAGUUCCACCAUGUUCAUAAUUAGAACUUCCAGAUUAUCUUGUUCAACAAGGUUUAGUCCUUAGAUGAUACCACCUUCAUCCUCAUUAUUUCCAUUAUAGUUUUUUUUUUUCUCUCUCUCUCCUCCUCCUUCUUCCGUUGCUUCCCAAGGAAGUGGGAAGUAUCUUAUAGUUCAGUUUGUCCUCUGUUUCUCCUGCAGACAUCCUUUUGAUGUUUCUCUUCCACCUUCAGAGUUUUCACAGUGAAUAAUUUGUGCUGCUGUUUAGUUUGUCCUACAGUUUGCUACAGUUUGAUUUUGUCCUACAGUUUAAACAAUCUUGAACUAUUUCUAUUUAAAAUGAAAAAAA